CAAAGAUCUGUCAUCUUGACAUCUUUUUGACCUUCUUUCUUUGUCCCUGAGCCUGUGUGAGCACCUUGAUCUCUCCUCUCUUUUCCUUACCGACAAGAUUCCACACAGUACAGUAGAAAUAUCAGAGGGAUAAAACAUCUAAUCUAUCGGCCAAAACCCCUUCGAAGCCAGAAACAAAAAGAAAUGAUUUCUCCAUCAUUCUGCCUCCUAGCCGCUUUGCUGGUGUCCAUGGCUAGGCAUUCUUCGGCCUUUGUCAUGCCCGUGAACAAGAUAGUUUCAAGGCCCAGCAUUGUUCCAGUCAAUGCAAUGCCCGAGUUCUCUACGGGUUUCUUGGACUCUGUUUCCACCCUGAUGACGGCCGAUGUGCUAGAUGUUCCUGAAGCUGGCGGCGUUUCUUAUUCCAGGGCAAGUUACUAUACCAUUCUGGGUCUCUACCUCUUGUCCUUUCCUGGCCUUUGGUCCACUAUUAAAAGAAGCACAAAGGCCAAGAUCAAACGAACAACUUAUGUGGCACCGGGAGAAAACGUCGAAGGAGGCAAAGGCUUGAGGCAGCAAGCUGGUGAAAUUAUGGCAUACAUGAAAGCCAACAAUUACGAGGUCGUGGAGGCUGGCGAGACGAUCAAGUUUCGAGGUAUUGUGCAGAGGAGUACCUCCCAAGCAUUCUUUCUGGUCUUUUGCACGGCGCUUGCCUUCCUUUCGUUAGGAUUGGUGCUGCAGAUUCAAUUCCAGGGCUUGGAGUUGCCUGUUAUUGGAGAACCCAACUGGUAUCUGCUGUCAUUGCUUUCACCAUAUGCGGGCCUCUACUACUGGAAACAGGGAGACCGAGUGGAUGAUUGCGAAGUCAAACUGGAGGCCAACGAUGAUGAAACUGAAAAUGAAAUCACCGUUCAAGGCUCGGAUGAAGAAAUGGAACGAAUGUGGCGCACAUUGGAGUGGCAGGAGAAAGGGAUGGUCAAGAUCGAAGGUCUGUUGGAGGGCUAGUCUUCACCGGUCUACCCUCUUCUAGUAGCUAGCUUGCCCGUCAAAUGCAAGAGUAUACGAAAAGUAGGACUUACAAACCAUAGCUAUGCACAUAUCUGCAAACGUGAGGCUUCAACAAACUGUUUCCCUGUAUUAUAGUAGUUGCUGCUGAUUCAUUAUUACACUGCAUAACAUAGACAUAGCGGACCGAUGCA